UUGUGCGGAAAUCUUCAGCCGUGCGUUCCCUCUCGGAAAGCGCGGGGAACUCGGUGGCCCUACUCUCCCGGUAGAGCGGUCAACCGCAGCAGCCCAACGCGGACAUCAUGACACCGCCUCAACCAAAACCUCCGCCGACCCGCGGCGCCACCCAACGUGCACGCACGCUCCAGGGCCGCUGCCGGCGAGCGCCCCUAGUCCCACAGAGCGCGUCCAACCCAGAAGCCGCACCAACCCGCCGGCGCGACUACUGCGCAGGCGCCAAGACAUGGAGAACGGAAGCGGAAGGUUUCACGCGUCGGCCAGGCAUCAAGGGAUCGGUAAUCAUGCGCGGCUUAGAGGCGGAAGGGCCUCGGCCACCAGCGACCCCAUGCGAGUGCGUGAAGCCGGCUCUGGAGAAAGGAAAUCUGUUAACUGAGCCAAUUGGCUACUUGGAAUCAUGUUUCUCAACCAAGAAUGGUACUCCAAGACAGCCAUCCAUUUGUAGCCUUUCACAGGCUUGUUUGAAGAUUAGAAAGAGCAUUUUUAAUAAUCCCGAACAUUCCUUGAUGGGCCUAGAUCAAUUUUCUCAUGUUUGGAUUUUGUUUGUUUUUCACAAAAAUGGUCGUUUGAGCUGUAAGGCAAAAGUGCAACCUCCUAGGCUGAAUGGUGCAAAGACUGGUGUUUUUUCCACGAGGAGCCCUCAUCGCCCCAAUGCCAUAGGACUGACCCUGGCCAAACUGGAAAAGGUAGAAGGUGGAGCUAUCUACCUUUCUGGAAUUGACAUGGUACAUGGCACACCUGUGCUAGACAUAAAGCCCUACAUAGCUGACUAUGACUCGCCACAGAAUUUGAUCGAGCCUUUAGGAGACGUUAAUUUACAAGAUAAUAAACAUAAACCAAAAACUUCUUUUGAGUUUCGGUCUAGUGGCGUGACUGAUAACUGUGACCAACAGCAGCUCUCAGGGUGUGUUGAACCACAUCCCUGCACGAGCACCAAGGAGAAACCCACAUGUCCUGAAGACAGAACCUCAGAAGAGAUACAUGUGGAACAUGAUGACACUGCAAAAAUCCGACACUCGCUUAAGCAUGGCGAGGAGAUAGCAGCAGGUUAUGGUUCAGAAUCAAGAAGUGACCAGAGUUUGAGUGUGGCAGAAAAGCAGGUUGGCUCCUGUCACCAGGAGAAGAGCUUUUCUGAGGAAGGUACAGAUAAGAGGUCAAGGAGAGGGCAAGAAGCAGCGAUCCUACGAGGAAACAGUGUGCAGACAGAGCCUGGGGCCCUUCGCUACCCUUCCGGGGCUGCUGAUGAAGCCCGCCACAGUGUGGUUCCCGCCUGGGUGAGAGAUGCGCCUGUGACCACGUUAGAAGUUCGGUUCACUCCUCACGCCGAGAUGGACCUCAGGCACCUCAGCUCUGGUGAGCCAGAUGUCGGUCAAACUGCGUUUAAAUAUUUUCAAUCAGCAGAAGAAGCAAAGCAUGCCAUCGAGGCGGUGCUGUCAGCCGAUCCUCGGUCUGUGUAUCGACGGAAGCUCUGCCAGGACCGUCUUUUCUAUUUUACUGUAGACAUAGCGCACGUCACUUGCUGGUUUGGUGAUGGCUUUGCAGAAGUUCUAAGGAUCCAGCAUGCUUCUGAGCCUGUUCAGAUGACUGACCCUGCGGAGUCCUUGGUGUCUCUGGGAUCUUAAGGCGUCUCCAUUACAUCUUUAAAUUGACCUUUGGAUGUGAUAUUAGGAUUUUCUGUACAAGCUAAUAAUGUGUCGUCUUUGCAGAAAGAAGCAACAGUUUGUAGUGUCAUGCUUUGAUCAGUUUGGGCUGAGCAGACUAUUUGAAAAACAUGUUUUAAUAAACUUAACAGAAAAUUUAGAGCAACUGCCUUUUGCUUUUUGGCCUGUUAAUAUAAAGAAUUCAAUGAUGAUGCUGUUUCAUUGAGUUUUGAAAGAAGCUGAUUGUUCUUGGGACUUGAUAAGAUUAGGCAGAGACCAUUAUAGCAGGGAAUGUCAAGCUCAGGGGAUCUGUUCAACAAUUCACAUUGGUUUUCAUGACUGGAAAAGCCUGAUCUCUCUGUUUUAUUCUGAGUUGCGAUGGUUUUAGAAAUUAACAAAUGAGAAAAACGGUUUUAGCCAUCUUUAUAAAUACAUUAAACCCCUGUGUUUCAGAGACUUUGUGACAUAUACAUAUUUUAUAUGUAUGUUAUAUAUAAUCUAUAUAUUAAAUACACACACACACACACACACACACACACAUUUAAUCCUGACUCAGAAAAAGAGACUCUGAAUUUCUUUGGAUGUCUUUGUAUCAGAAGAGGAUCCUCAAGAAAAUAAUUAGCGGUUCAUGUGUUUCAUUUGUUCAUUCUGUGGCUAUUGAGAACCUGCUGUGGGUUAGGUUUUGGUGAUUAAAUGAGAUGAACAAGAUGCAGUUCUUGUUGCAAAUCAUGGUUAGGAGAGGAAAUAAGACAUAAGGAAAUCAUUGUAAUACAGUUUAAUAAAUCAGCAAUUAAGUCUGUACAGGAUUCCUGUGUGUACACAGUAGGAAGCAAUUGUAAGAAUGUAUUGCCUAUAGGUAAUGUGAGUGAUGUGAUCCCAGAUAACUGAAGAUUUAUGAUCAGUGUAACCAAAUUAGACAUCUGUCGAUACGACAUAGGCAUUCCUAAUCACAAUUAAUAGCUGAUUGAUCAUGGUUUUGAAAUGAACCCUUCUGCCUGUAGAUACUUGUGGAGUCAUUUGUGGCUGAUGACACUGCACCCUGGAAAAAAAUGAGCUUGUAGUUGUUGACUUUGAUGUUACUUAUAACUUCUUGGAGAAAUUACCUUAAAUUUGAUUUUUAAAAAAAUCUUUAUUUUGAAAUAGAGAUUCACUGGAUGUUGUAGAAUAGUAGCAGCCCAUGUACCCUUCAUCUAGCUCCCCGCAAUGGUAAUAUCUUACAUAACUAUAGUACAAUGUAGAACCAGGAAACUGACAUUGGUACAAUCUAUAGUUUGAUGUUAAUGUUUUUUCUCUUAAAAAAAUUAUUUUGAAACUGAAUCGGCACAAAAUGUUGAUGCUUAUAUGGAAAAAAGUAACUCUCGGGACAAUACCACCCAUCCUUCUAGCAAGAAGACUGUUUGCUUGUUUGGGGUUUUCUUCUACAUCUGUGAGACUUCAGAGCAAAAAAGGAUCCUGCUCGGUUGUCUGCCAAUUCAUGAGUCUUUCCUUCAGUAUUCCCAGUGUUUGACCUUCCAAGCCUUGCUUAAACACCCUCCGUGAUGAGGUCUUCACCCUUGCCCUAUGCAAAUCAUUCUAUAUGGACAGUGCUGAUUAUGAAAAUGUCCUGUAUGUGAGAUAAAAGCUCCAUCCACUAGUGGGACCACACAGGGUAAGGCUCCUUGCUGCCUGACAUUAGCCUGUCAGACACUGUUCCAGCUCCCACUCCUUGGCCUUCUCUAAUUGAGCAUCCACAUUUUCUUAAACCAUUGCUUCUAUAGGAAGAACAUGCUCUCAAGCUCCUCCGCCCCAGUGAGUGCCCAGCAUGAUCUUUUGUGUCUGUGGUCGUGUACUUCAAGUGUCCUGUUGUGAGGAAGUUGGAAUCUUGAGUUCAUGAACUCCCAUCUCUUAGAAAGAUAAGAAGUUUCAAGCACGUCUUAUAUUUCUUCUCUUCUUGCGAACUUUUUCAAAAGAAGAACGGAAUAUAUAAAUGACACCCACCUUGAUUUUUAGCCUUUGCUUUUGGUGCCUGCAGGGGGAGCCCUUGAUAUCUGAUUUUCACUAGCUUGGAGGAAACCUCCAAGAGUUAAGCUGUUCAGGUAAUUUUGCCUUUAGGCCCACCUGCCCCAGCUUUCAGGAAUAGUAACUUUUACCAGAAAUGCUGAUGCCUGUCAAUCACAUAGGAA